CCUACUUCUCCACAGAAUCUCAUCGGCCCACCUCUCCAGACGAAAUAAUGGCGAAUACGUGAUUGUUAUUCAGAUCGAGACUAAGCAGAGAUAACCGCCUGGGAGCUAUGCGACAAGGCCGUCGCUGGCAUGGGCCUCCAUCGGGUCGGAUCGAGAUUGCGCAAUUGGAUCUAACGAUGAGCAUCUGAAACGACAUCCAACCCACGUUUCUAGCAUCGUUGCAUUGGCAUGAGGUAGUUCUAGACCUGUUUCUCGAGAUGGACUGUGCGAGAGAUGCAUUUAUAUCGUGUCUUCCCUCUUCUCUGUGUGUAUUUCCGAUAGUCAGUCGUCAGCUCGUCUACAACCAGCAAUAUGGCGCUCCCAUUCCCUUCAAAGAAUAAAUCCGAGGAGAGGAAUUCCCACGAGAUCGAUAGCAGCAUCGUCGACUUGGGAAGCUUGAAAUUCACCCUCGAAGCUGGUGAAAAUUCAUCUUUGCCAACCUAUCAAGAAGCCAGUGGUGCUCCGGUCGAGGUCAAAUCACCUCUGGGCUACUCUGUCGGCCCAAUUACAAUCAUAUGUCUGAAUCUGAGUAAGAUGAUCGGGACGGGAGUGUUCUCGACUCCGUCCUCGGUGAUGAAAGGUGCUGGUUCGGUCGGGUUGGCUUUCAUCUACUGGACCAUUGGGUAUUUGAUGGCUUUCAGUAACCUGGCUGUCUACUUGGAGUUUGCGUCGUACUUCCCAAGUCGAUCGGGAUCAGAAGUGGUGUACUUUGAACAGUCCUUUCCGCGACCAAAGUAUUUCUUCCCGACUGUGUUUGCGAUGCAGACGGUUGUGCUGUCAUUUAGCAGCAGCAAUGCUGUCGUGCUGGCACAAUAUUUGUACAAACUCGCGGAUUCAACUGGUACAGAUUGGGAGUAUAAGGGGGUCGCCAUAGCUUCCUACACUGUAGCUGUUCUCUGCCUCGCAUUCAAUACAAAAUGGUCUUUGCGCUUCGCAAAUGCCAUUAGUGUCGUGAAAUUCAUAACCCUCGUCCUUGUCGGCAUCACUGGGCUUGUUGUGCUCGGAGGCAACACGCGCGUGAAGGAUCCAACAGCCAACUUCCGAAACGCUUUCUCGGGCAGUUCCAAAGCCAGUCCAUACGGUGCUACGAAUGCAUUGGUGAAAGUCAUGUUUUCAUAUGCUGGCUACGAAAAUGCAUUCAACGUCGUGAAUGAGGUCAAGAAUCCAGUCAAGACCUUGCGCUGGAGCGCGCCAGUGUCAUUGACGAUAACGGCAGUGCUUUACAUCCUUGCCAACGUUGCCUAUUUCAGUGCUGCAACGACCGAUGAGAUCCUCAAGUCGGAGAAUACCGCGGCGAGUGUAUUCUUUCAGAAUGUAUUCGGUAGCGGAGGGGCUUCGCGAGCGCUGAACUGUCUUAUUUGUCUCAGUGCUUUUGGCAAUUUGCUGGCUGUCUUGAUCGGACAGUCUCGGAUGCUGCGUGAGUGUGGAAGACAAGGCGUUCUCCCCUGGACUAGCUUCUGGACAUCAACUCAGCCCUUCGGAACUCCUCUGGGUCCGUACUUUGUAAAAUGGGCAUUGACAAUCAUCAUGAUUAUAGCUCCUCCCUUCGGCGAUGCCUUCAACUUCGUCGUCGAUCUCGCCCUAUACCCGACCUCUUUUUUCACCUUCAUCCUAGGCAUCGGUUUACUCGUCACCCGUUAUCGGCGUAAGAAACUCGGGUUUCCACAAGCCAGUUACAGAGCGUGGGACGUUGUAGUCUGGUUCUCGAUCAUCUCUAACCUUUACAUGCUCGUCAUGCCAUGGUACCCGCCAGACACGGGAGCAGAUGGCGGAGACGUCAGUUUCUGGUACGCGACGUAUUGCGCCGCGGGUCUUGGAAUCAUCGCACUGUGCGGAGUAUACUACUACAUAUGGGUAAAGGUCCUCCCCAAAAUCGGAAAAUACGAACUUCGACAAACCAUCAUCGAGCUGGACGGCGGCGGCUCAACGCAUAAACUCAUCAGAGUACCGCACAGCGAACUAUCUCGCUGGGAUGCAGAGCAUGACGCGACAGGUCGACUGCGCCAUCGGACUACUUAUGAGGCAAAGUCUGAGGGAACGUAUAUAACGACUGAGUCGUGAUGUGGAAAGUACACUUCUCUUUUCUUCUGUCAUUGAUUGCAUGGGCACGAUUCCUGCUUCGGGAUUUACGCCUGCUGAUAUCUGAUUCGCCAAUUUUGAUAGUUAAACGUGUUUCUAGAACAAAUGAUUCUCAGUACGUAUAUGAAUGACAUCUCUGGAAUAGUUCGGAUUGGUGAACGGGCCAGUAAGUAGGCUUCUAGCGUUGUUUGGUCGAUCAGGUUGAAUCUUGCAGACUAAGUACUCCACUCUUGCUUGAAACCGGUUUCUCGAAAACAACAUGGACCACAGUCCCGCAAGAUGAUAAUCAAGUUAUAGUUGUAAUAACAAAUGAUGAGGUAUGGUAGCGUAACAUAGUCAAUGGAUAUAUGUCUGUGACUCAAAGAGUCAAUGUUUAUUUAGGCCAGCG